AUGAAUUCCAUUGAUCAACAACAACCUCCUAUUAUUUUACACUAUUACAAAGGUUCAGCAUUUUCACAAAAAAUUGUAUGGGCUUUAACAAUUAAACGUUUAAAAUGGAUUUCGGUGAUUUCCAAUUAUUUUAGAUUAUUGCAACCUUUAACUCAUGGAUAUCGACGUAUACCAGUUCUUCAGAUUGGAUCAGAUAUAUUUGUUGAUACACUUUUAAUUUUAGAAGAAUUGGAGAGAAGAAUUGGAUCAGAUAAAAAUCCAAAUGCACCAGCAAUUUUCAAAUCUCAAGAACUUUUAAAUGACCGAUCUUUAUUGAUGAAUCAGAAAAUUGAACCCAAUAAAUUAAAACCACUUCGACCAUUUAUUAUUGAUGCAUUGAAAUCAAAUUAUGAAUGGAUUGAAUUACAAUUAUCAGAUGAUCGACAAUGGUUUUUGGAUACAAGUACACCAAGUAUUGGUGAUAUUCAUGUUGCAAUGAAUAUUUGGUUUUUAAAUGUUAAUAAAGGUGCUACCAAAGAAUUUGGAGACAUUACUGAAUUGUAUCCUAAAACUCAUCAAUGGUUUGAUAGAUUUAUCAAAUUUAUUAGAGAAAAUCAACAACAUAAAUCUUUAAGAAUUUCUGGUGAGGAAGCAUUGGAAAUUGCUAAAAAUUUUAAACCAUCAUCAUAUUAUAAUAAGAAUAGUAACAAGAGAUUAGGCAAUAAAAAAAUUGGUGAUAAAGUUAGUAUUUCACCUGAUGAUUAUGGUAAAGUACCUGUUAAGGGUACUAUCUUGAGUAUUGGUGACAGAAAUAUUGCUAUAAGACCAAUCGAUGUUGAUAAAACUGGCAUUGAUGUAGUUAUUUGGUUUCCUAUAGCUGGCUAUAAUCCCACCCUACAAAAAAUCAAAGUUGGACCAAAAUCAUGUUCAUUUAUUAUUCCUGCUGAUAAUAACAAUAAUGGACGCAAGAAUAUAACUUUACCAAAGUUUUUAAAUCGUGACAGAUUAACUAAAUCUAAAAAAUCAAGCAUCGACAACACCAAGAAUGAUACUGUUGCCACUGCAACAUGUAUAACAGAUACUGAAGACACAGGUUCUAGUUGGUUGAAACAUAGUAGUAUUAAUUCUAUAAUAAGUAGAUGGUCAGAAGAUCUUGAUCAAUGCAACCAAACUUUUCAACGGCAAUUAGAAGAAUCACACCAAUUGGAUCAAAAGAUGAUAGAAUUUAAUACAGAGGCAGCAAAUAUCGAUGUAUUAGUACAGAAAGCUAAAACUAUAAAAUACGACAUUUGUGCAACUUUAAAGGAAAUUUCCAGUAAACAAAUCGUAAUUGACGAGUUUUUGAGCAGUAUGGAAAGAGUUUUUGAAGGAAUUUGUCUUGAGGAUGUAAAUUCAUACGAUUACCAACGAGAAACAAAUUACAAGAACUUUGAAUCCGUGAAUCAAAAAAUAAAUGAUAUGAAUUGCAAUUUACUUACAAUGAUUAAUGAUACCAAUACAGACAUAUUACCAUCGUGUAAUUCUAAUAAUAUUACUGAUAUGAUGAUAGAUGAUCCAAUUGAUGGAUUGAUGGAUUUGUUUAAUUCACAACUGGUAUCAUUAGAAUGGAUUGAUUCAUCAGCUAAACAUCUUUCUUUUCUUAUUCAGCAAGCUCAAGAUUUACUUGAUAACUCGCAAGAAGAUUCUUUAUACAAUUUAACAUUUUAA